AUGUCUAUUAUUAUAGACGAAGUUGUUGCGUCAGGACCGGUCCCGGAAACUCUUCACGCUCUCUUCACGAAAGGAGAGGCACCAGACAUAAUCCGAGAACAUCCAGGGAAACGGCGCAAACUAGAUGAAGCACAGCCUAGCUAUGAGGACAUCGCAGCCAAUCUUCUAUCCUCAUACCUAACGGUGGCGCGUUUCGACUUGAAAAUUAGAUUUUCUUCUUCCUCACUUAGCAGCGGCUCUAUCUCGUCAAAACGUGGGAGUGAUAAUCAGAGGAAAGUUCCUGUUUUUAUCAAGCGAGCCCGCUUUGUUGGCACGUCCUUCGAGUCGAGUGCGCGACAAUGCCACCUCCGUAUUGCUACCAACCAGAGAGAUAUCGUACUUGACAAAACACUGGAUUGUAGCACAUGUCGAAUUGACCUCGCAAUACCGGGAUUUCUCCCUUCAAUUUAUCGCUCUCGCUCAAAAUUCCCGGUUGCAUGUUAUAUGUCAACGUUGAGGAAGGCUGAGUCAGAUGAGCUUUCAUUUAUACUUGAAACGAAGAUCCUUUGGAAAGAUUCCAUAAAGUUUGAGAGAAUAAGCAAUGAUGCCCUACUACCUUUUUCGCGUUAUCUACCGCAAAACCCACAAGAACCGCCGGUUAAAACACAAUUUUCGCAUGGCCGGUCGAUAAAAGAGUGUUCCUGGAGCCCUAGUGAGUUCUAUGAGAGCGUUCAUGUUCCCUUGAAAACUUUAGAUUUACCGUCAAGCGCCCUAUCGAACUCAUUACAAUGUCAACUUUUCCCUUUCCAGCGGAGAGCAGUCAGGUGGAUGUUGGAGAGGGAAGGGAUGGAAAUUCUCCCAGAUGGCGAAAUACGGGUUCGGCCACCCUCUUUGAGUCCAGGUCUUCCAGAUUCGUUUGAACAGAUAAAAGAUGCUGAUGGUCGAACCUGCUAUGCUAGCCAUCUUUUUCGAAUUUUAACGACAGAUCUUAGGAAUUGGAUCCCUGUGGAACGGACCCUCAGGGGGGGUAUCCUUGCUGAAGAUAUGGGCCUUGGUAAAACGGUAGAAAUAAUCGCAUUAAUUUGCAUGAACAGGAGGCCUGCCCCACCUGGCGGAUUUCCAGUUCUGCGACAAUGGCCUACGCUAACAGAGUCUGGUGCCACCUUGAUCGUCACUCCGCCCACUAUACUUAAACAAUGGCAACAAGAGAUUUCAUCGCAUGCACCAAGUCUCCGCUGUAUUUAUUAUGAAGGCCUCAACCGUACAAAAAUGGGCAAUGAGGAAUUAGUGGUAGAUCUGGCUUCGUGCGAUGUUGUCCUCACGACUUAUAACGUCCUGCAGAGAGAAGUUCAUUUUGCUGAGGAACCUCCUAAACGCUCGUUGCGGCAUAAAAAGAAAGUGUUGCCACGAAAAUCUCCUCUCGUUCAGAUUUCUUGGUGGCGAGUCUGUAUAGAUGAGGCUCAAAUGAUCGAAAGCAGAGUUACCAAUGCAGCAAAAGUGGCUAGAAUUAUACCCAGACAUAAUGCAUGGGCAGUUACCGGCACACCCCUACGAAAGGAUAUGGACGAUGUGCUUGGACUAUUGCUCUUUUUACAUUAUUACCCGUUAUGCAAUUCCUUGGAUACAUGGAUCCGGUUAUACGGGAAUCACAAAUCCCUUUUCAAGACAAUCAUUGGCCGGAUUGUCUUGCGACAUAACAAAACUAUGGUUCGCGAUGAAUUGCAUCUACCACCUCAGAAACGCAUCGUCAUCACUAUCCCCUUCACAGCGGUUGAAGAGCAACAUUACGAUCAACUCUUUGAACAAAUGUGUGAUGAAUGUGGUGUUGACAGAUCAGGAGCUCCAUCUACGGAUGAAUGGGACCCGGAUUCAAAGUCCCUCAUUGAAAAGAUGAGCCAUUGGUUGAGAAGGCUUCGUCAAGCAUGCUUGCACCCGGAACUUGGUGGCGACGGUCGCAAAACCCUUGGCGCAAAUAGUGGUCCUCUUCGCUCGGUUGCUGAGGUUCUCGAAGUGAUGAUUGACCAAAACGAAGCCCGAAUCCGUACGGAAGAACGAUCACUUCUUCUGUCUCAAAUUCGCCGUGGCCAGCUCUUGGAGAAUGCUGGUAGGCCAAGAGAAGCGUUGAAUAUAUGGCAAAAGGCUUUGGUGUUGGCAGAGACUAAUGUUCACGAGUCCCGAACUCAACUUGAAAAUGAACGCAAGAAAGAGCAGAGUGCCAAGCUCAACGGGGUCCACAAUAUAUCGGACGAUGAAGACGAUAUUGACGAAGGAAAAGGAGAGAAGAAUUCUGGUCUUGGGGCUUAUCGCCUUCGCAUUCGAAAUGCCCUGGAAAUUCAGCAUAUUUGCAAAUUCUUCAUUGCAAAUGCGUACUUCCAGAUCAAAACUAAUACAGAGCUUACAAAUCCGGAUUCGGAAGAAUUCAUUGCCCUCGAAAAGCUCGAGGAAGAGAAUUACGAGGCGGCAAAGCUCAUUCGAAAAGAUAUGCUAGCCGAGAUGGAUCGUAGGGUUAAUCGAUAUAUCAAGCAGGUUCAAGUAAAGGUAUAUAACAACGACCUUGUACAUAUCCCUAAGAUGUCUGUAAGGCUUGAUAUCAGUGGCAUGGAAAGUCGACGGAUACUCGACAAACUUGAGAAUUUUUGUGACGCCGUCAAUAACCUUACUCUUCAAUACACUAAAUGGCGCAAUCACAUCGUUAAACUACUUUUGAAACCGCUGAUAGAUGAAGAUGACAAUGCCAAACUGGAGGGCGAUGAAUACGAAUCUUCCACAAAACACCAGGAUGAAAUGUAUGUUUACAUGGAGGCGUUGCAAACCCUGUUCGCUGACUAUCAUGACGCGCUCACCGGUCAAACGAACCUUCUAGUAGCAAAUGAGGUCAAGCUAGGUUUGAAUCGUGCACGGGAUGGAAAUGGACCAGCGCCUGAACUUUAUAUCUCUGUCAUGAAAAUGCGCGAGAAUUUGAAAAUCCCCAAAGAUCUUGGUUCUCUGCGCGGGAUUAUUGGUGAAUUGCGCAGCCUUAUGGUCUCUAUCGAAUGGCAGGAAGCUCGAGGCAGUGCUCGAGCCCACGCUGAACUCGGUAUACUUAACCGUAUCCUACAGGACUCAAGUCAGACAUCAUCGGAACACUCAAAGAUAUCUUCAAAUUUGGAGAAGGAGGUGGAGCUUUUCCGCAAUUUACUAAACCAUCGUCUAGAAUACUACAGACAACUGCAACAUAUAUCAGAUACUGUCGCCCCUUACGACGAAGAAAGCAGGGGAAAGCCUCUUAACGUUGCUCUCUUUGACAGCAAGCUCGAGUUUGAACACAAUAUACAAGCGAAGAUAUCAGCAUUCAAAUCCAAAUACCGUUAUCUCAUUCAUUUGCGAGAUGAGGCUGGGGCGGAUGAGUCAACAAGGAUUUGCAUUAUAUGUCAAUCAACUUUUGAAAUUGGUGUGUUGACUGUCUGCGGUCACAAAUAUUGCAAGGACUGUUUGCGAUUCUGGUGGCGUCAACAUCGAACUUGCCCGAUGUGUAAGAUACACUUAAAGUCAAACGACUUCCAUCAAAUCACAUACAAACCUACGGAGUUGGUUGCACAGGAAGAAAAGUCCACCGAUCACUUUGUACCUGACAACCUCACGAAAAAUUCGAUAUAUUCCGAUAUCAGUUCCGGUGUGCUGAAGGAAAUUAGAAACAUUGAGAUCGGAGGUUCCUUCGGCACCAAAGUCGAUAAUCUGGCUCGUCAUUUGAUCUGGCUACGGCAACAUGAUCCGGGUGCGAAAUCCAUUGUAUUUUCACAGUAUAAACCUUUCCUGGGGAUUCUUGCGCGUGCCUUUUCCCACUUCAAGAUUGGAUUUAGCAGCAUUGAUUAUCAUGAUGGAACCGAGAGAUUUAAACGCGACCCUUCUAUUGAAUGUUUUCUUCUUCAUGCAAAAGCUCAUUCUUCGGGUCUUAACCUUGUUAAUGCCACUCAUGUAUUUCUUUGUGAGCCCCUGAUCAAUACCGCAAUAGAGCUCCAAGCCAUUGCGCGUGUCCAUCGUAUCGGACAACACCGCGAAACGACAGUUUGGAUGUAUCUCGUGUCUGAUUCGGUCGAAGAGUCAAUAUAUGAUAUUUCUGUCUCUCGUCGCCUAGAUCACAUCUCACGCAAGAGAAAGGAAGAGGAGAAUGCUUAUAACCACGUUUCAAGGAUGGGUGAAGGAGAAGAGACUACAAGCGAAUCUAUGGAGACGGUAAUUGAGGCGGCCAACUCUCUUGAGCUGCAGGAUGCGAAUCUGGGCAAUUUAAUGGCAGGGACUGCGGCUGAAGGGGAGAGGGUUCCAGAAGGCGAUCUAUGGCAAUGCUUGUUUGCGAAGACUAGUAGAGGAAAGUCAACAGGGAAUGGCGGGAAUACUGAAGCCCUGCAGAACGAAGUCAACCGACUCUUGAGAGCUGAAGCUGCGGAAGGGAGAAUUGAGGAAGCCGUUAAUGGGGAGGUUCUAACCAAUGGUGAUACAAGUGCUGACUUGUGA